UAGGUAUCAUAGGUAGUAUCAGCAAUUUUGAUUUUUAAUAUGAAGUUGAUUCAACUAAAAAUUGUAAAAUAAAACUUAUUACAGUUUUAUUCAUUCCGUUUAUAGUAGAAAACUGUAUCAGGAAUACAACUUCUAUCUACUUGGACUUGAAAUGAUUGAAAUCGGUGCUAAAUUGAUCGGUGGUCCGGUAUAUUUACCAGGAGAUAGUAUCGGAUGCUGUGUUACUUUCACCAACAGAUCUCCUUUUAUUCCAGGAUCAAGACUGCCUAAUGAUCUCAGAAACAUUGAAACGCUGGCACUGUCGAGUGCUCAAAUCCAUUGCUCUUGUAAAACUAUCGGAAACAUGAUCAAAGGUCGAGAUGCUGAAGGAUCAAAUCUGGUUUCACAUUCAAUCAACAGUGAUACAUCAUUCUACCCAUGCAAGGAAGACAGCGGUCUUACAGUUUUUAAAACUGAGCCGAAGAUACUAUUUUGCGACAUGAAAUUAAAUCCUGGUGAAAGCAGAUCCUUUCUGUAUACAGAAACAUUACCGAAUGAAAUUCCACCAUCGUAUCGCGGGAAAUUGGUAAAAUAUUCGUAUAAAAUCACAAUCGGUACCCAGCGAAUCAACAGUGCCAUGAAAGAAUUAACUAUACCGCUCCGAAUCUUAGUUAUCGAUGGUUUCCCUGAAGUCAAUGUUUGCGAAGAUAGUAUUGAUUUGUCACCUAGUAAUCCAUUUUUGGAUAUCUGUGAAAAAGAUAAGGAACUAGAGCCAACGUUACAAGUAUUACAAAAUAUUACAGCACGACGAAGCACUAGUUUUUAUAAUAUUACCAACGGUAAAGGUAAAGUGGCAACUUUUUGCCUGUUCAAAAGUACAUAUAAACUGGGCGAAGAUAUCGUCGGCACUUUUGAUUUUUCUUCAAGCACAGUACGUUGUGUACAGUUCAUAGUCAGUCUACAAUGCGAAGAAAUUAUUAGUGAAAAAUAUCGAAACGCGAAUAAAUACGACAAAGCAGUGACCACCUUCAAUAAUUGCACGGAAUUUUGUUUGAAUAUGAAACAGUGUUUUCUGAAUUUGCCUAUUCCGUUACACGUGACUCCAGUGUUCAAUACAAAUCUUGUGUCGUUGAAAUGGAAGUUGCAUUUCGAAUUCGUUACUUGCGCUAAAGGCAUCGAAGAAAUCAAUCCAUUGGACAACGUACGGCUGGCUCCAAAAUGUGUCAAUAUUGAAACCAUGAAAUGGAAUUUACCAGUUCAAAUUUAUCCUACUGCGACUAUUUCCGACCUUCAUUCGCAAACGAAAUCCUGCUUGAUGAUAUAGUUUCAUUUCUCCUCAUAUGAGCAUGUUUAUGAAGCUUUUUACGUAUCUACCGUUAGGAAAUCAGCUGACUAAUCAUUCCUGUCUAAAAAAGUUGGAAAAUAUUUUCUAGUUGUAUGAGUCUGAAAUUUCGUUUUCUGUCGCCCAAAUCAAUUUACCCGUCAUUUGAAAAAUUUUGUUUUAUUUUUAGAAUUAAUCAUCUGUUGAUUUUGUAAAUUAAUUACCUAUGUCUAAUAAUGUGAGAAUUUCGUGUAAAGUUUUGUAUAUUAUGGUCCAAUGUUUUUUCUAUUUUCAUUUUGUUGAAUACCUACAUAAUCAUGUUAUAUGUUGAACUUUGAAAUAAAAA